UCUCUCUGAUCACCAAAUUUAUAAUGCCGAUGAGACGGGCUUAUAUUGGAAACUGCUGCCUGAUAAAACUUACGUCGCUCUUCAUGAAAAAACUGCACCUGGUUUAAAAAUAUCGAAGCAAAGAGUCACAUUUCUGGGAUGUGUUAAUGCAUCAGGCUUCCAUAAGUUGAACCCACUUUUAAUUGGAAAGGCAAAAUCCCCCAGAUGCUUUAAAAUUUUGAUAACCCAAUUGUGUAUAAGAACACUAAAAAUGCCUGGAUGACUCAAGAAAUUUUCAGAAAUUGGUUCUUCAAGCAGUUUGUCCCCGAGGUCACGUCCUAUUUAAGAAGUGAAAAUCUCCCUGUGAAAGCUGUCUUGCUUUUAGAUAAUGCUCCAUCUCAUCCACCAGCCGAAGAAUUGAAAAGUUCGAACGGAAAUAUCUUUGUUAUUUAUAUGCCUCCAAAUAUAACCCCACUUAUUCAACCAAUGGACCAAAACGUGUUACGUCUUACUAAACUAUUUUAUAGGAAGAGCGUAUUGAGUUCAAUGAUUACUAAACGUGGAACAGUUGCAGAUGCACUCAAAAGCUUGACUCUCAAAGACGCUGUCAUACAUUUACACAUGGCAACAAUUGAAUCCGUCAGUAAUUCAAAAAUGUUGGCAUAAUAUUUUGGGAAGAACAAGAGAUGAGUAGACUUCAAGAAAUUUGGAACAACGAAGUAACAAAUAA